AUGCUGGAUUAUCAUCACCCAGCACUAUCGAAGCCCCGAAACGACAUCAACUCGUAUACUCUUGGUUCCAUCGGGCCUCACAACGUUGCCAUUACUUGCUUACCAAAGGGUAUGAUAGGGAAUGUCCCAGCAGCAACGGUUGCUAGUCAUCUAGUCACUACCUUUCCCUCUAUCAAAGUCGGUCUUAUGGUAGGUAUCUGUGGCGGUGUACCAUCCAACAAGGUCCGGUUGGGGGAUGUUGUUGUUGGUACAUCCUCUGGCGACUAUCCUGGAGUAGUGAAAUGGGAUGCUGGCAAGGUCCAUGGCCAGGGAAAGUUCGAACGAACGGGAUCACUUAACAAUCCACCUCAGUCACUGUUGACUGCUCUUACACAGCUGGAGACGCAACACAACCUGAUCGGAACCAAGAUACCCGAGUAUCUCGAAGAACUGAAACAUAAAUCGCCAAAGCUUGCUGCUGUGUCUCUACGACACAAGUCUCUCAACGAUGUCUUGUUCAAGUCAUCUUACGAGCAUGUUGUGGACAUAAUUUGCGAGACGGAUGACGAGGAUGUAGAUGAGGGCGAGGAUGAAGAGCAGGACCCUUCAUCAGGCGAUAAGCUGGUCAAAGACGCUGCAUCACGCAACAAACUCAACAAAGACCUCGGGGGACAGGUCCUCUGUAUCGAAAUGGAGGCUGCGGGUCUUGUCAAUCAUUUUCCUUGUCUUGUUAUACGAGGUAUAUGUGACUACGCCGAUUCGCACAAGAACAAGGAUUGGCAGGAACACGCAGCUAUUGUAGCCGCAGCCUUUGCGAAGGAGCUCUUACAGUAUGUGCAACGAAAUGAUGUCGAGGGCGAGCGUCCACUGAAGGACUUGUUGAACGAUGUCCACUCGCUUGUUUCCGAAACACGCGAGGAUGUCGCUGAAAUUAGAUCCAAUCAGAGUAGACGAGAUGAUAUCAAGAUUCUUGACUGGCUCACGACAAUCGACUACGGCUUGCAGCAGAGCGAAUUUCAGAAGGUGCAACAGCCAGGAACUGGCAGUUGGCUUCUCGAUACAUCCGAGUACCGAACCUGGUUGGAGACACCUGGGCAAACUCUCUUUUGCCAAGGCAUCCCAGGUGUUGGAAAGACUAUCCUGACAUCGGGUCUGAUAGAUCACCUAAGCUCCAAACUUUCUGGGGGCUCUGCAAGUGGUAUAGCAUACAUCUUCUGCAACUUCCAGAGACAGGAUCAACAAACCACCGACGGCCUUCUUGCGUGUAUUCUAAAACAGCUUUCUGCCGGUUUGCCGUCGCUGCCGGAGUCCUUGCGGUCUCUCUACACAAGCCAUGCUAUACAACGGACACGACCAUCUUCCAGAGAGAUCAUUUCUACUCUUGCGUCUAUGAUAUCUGAGCACUCGAGGGUCGUUAUCAUAGUUGACGCACUCGAUGAGUACGGGAGUGCUCCCGGCGCAAGAGAGCCCUUUCUAGUGCAGCUUGCUCGACUACAGCAACAAUUUGACGUCAAUCUCUUUGCCACUUCAAGAUAUGACACCACAAUCUCUUCUGAGAUCAGAUCCAGCUUCCCCAACAGCAUGAAUUUAGAGGUCAACGCAGUGAGUGAUGAUAUUGGCACAUACAUCGAAGGAAACUUCAACAUAUUGCCUCCUGAUAUCCGGCAAAACAAGGACAUUCGCCAGGAUAUAGUGGAGUCUCUCCAAGUAUCUGUGGACGGAAUGUUUCUUUUGGCACGGAUAUAUCUGAACUUGCUCAGCUUCAAGGUCUCUGGAACAGAGAUACGAAACCAGUUAGCCAUGUUCAAGCGAGGCAGUAGGAAGGGCAAAGCUAAAGCCUUAUCCGAUGCCUACGAGCAAACCAUGACCAGGAUUAAAUCUCAGGAGUCAGAUCACGCUAUGCUAGCUAAGGGAGUUCUCCUUUGGCUUACAUACGCGAGAAGUGAGUUGACUGUGGAGGAUCUGCGAUACGCCCUUGCGACAAGAUCCAAAUAUCGCAUGGUGUGCACACAAGACUUGCCCUUCGAGUCGACUAUGAUCUCUGUCUGUGCCGGACUUGUAUCCUUGGACGAGUCGAGUAAGAUCAUUCGGCUUGUUCAUUUUACCACGCAAGAAUAUCUUAUCCAGAACCCCGACGAGCUAUUCCCGUUGACGGAACAAGACAUUGCAAGGACCUGCAUGGCACACCUAUGGGUUGACGAAAACGAACGCUACCGCUUUCUAGACUUUGACCUCGCUACCAGAUCCUCGUAUCCAUUGUGGUGGUACAGCGCUCUCAAUUGGGGUCUUCACGGGCGCGAUUCCUCCAUUCCAAACCAUGAGCUUAUCGAAUUCAUGAAUGAUGAGGCGACGGUCAGUCUUGCCAUGAGAAACGCCCUGCAGAGAUUCACAGUCGGUUACUUCUUCAUGAGGCACCUUCACAUAGCGGCAUAUUUCGGCCUGGCUGAGCUAGUUGAGAAUAUCCUUGACAGGGGGGCAGCGGUAGAUAUAGUGGACCGGACUGGGAGGACUCCCCUUUCAUAUGCGGCUGAACAGGGCUAUGAGGACAUUAUGGCAAUGCUCCUUGAAAGGGGGGCGGAAGUUGAUUCUCAAGAUGGUGGCAUUCCCGAUCGGAAAUAUCAUAAUGAGAAUGCAGGACGUACCCCAUUGUCAUUUGCCACAGAGCGAGGGCACGAAGCCGCAGUUCAUAUCUUGAUAGGGAGUGGGGCGUCUUCCUCGGUGAGGUCCAAAUCUGGACUUACGCCACUGUCUUAUGCUGUGGAGAACAGACGAGAGAGUCUGGUUAGGUUGUUUCUUAACACGGAACCUGGCGACAUCAGCAUUGAACUAGGACGAGCAGUCGACAACGAACAUGAAAGUAUUGUCCGACUUUUGCUUGAGCAUGGCGCCGAAGUCGACUGCUCAUCAACCCCUGGUAUGACGCCACUGCUUCGUGCAACACGCGCCAACAACAAGGACAUCGUCCGUCUACUACUGGCAAAUGGUGCGAACCCAGAUCCUCUCUAUAGUCUCUCUACACCACUUUUAUCUGCUGCCGUCAGAGGAUCGACCGACCGGAUAGAUUCGGGCGCACAGCUUUAUCCCACAUGGCACAACAUGGGGAAGGAAGCCACCGUGAGAAUGUUGCUAGAUAUGGGAGCCAAUCCUGACACUGAGUCACAGGCGACAUUCAUUGGAGCACAAUUCUAUAAUGGGAGAACACCGCUUUCGUUCGCAGCAGAGAAGGGGCAUAAGGCAAUCGUUGAGCUUCUCAUCAACAAGGGGGCAACAGUUGGUCUAGGACCUACCAACGAAGCCAAUAGUACCAGACUGGCACCGAUUUCAUAUGCUGCGAGGAACGGGCACGAAGGUGUUAUUCGAGCUCUUGUGGAAACCGGCCGAGCUGACCCGAAUUCCCCGGAUUACAAAGGGCGAACGCCGCUUUCUUAUGCCGCAGGAAAGGGUCUGACGUCUGUUGUCCGACUAUUGCUGGAACAAUACAACGCUGACCCCAGUCAUAUGGAUAAGGAUGGACAUACCCCUCUUUCAGAUGCUGCUAAGAGUGGCCAUGUUGGUGUAAUCCGCGAACUCCUAGAUACGGGCAAGGUUGGACCGGACUCUGUUGAUGGAUGGGGUCUUACACCUCUUUGCCAUGCUGCCUUAUGGGGGCACAAAUUCGUCGUACUUUUGCUUAUUGAAAAGGGAGCAGAUACUGGCUAUGUUAUUCCCAGUGGAGACUGGAAAGGAAAAUCAGCUUCAGCGAUCGCAACGAGAUAUGGGCAUCAGGCAAUAGUUGACAUCCUCGGCAAGAGUCAGUAA